AUGAGUAGCGCCGUGGCUACGGAGAAUCGCACAUUCUUCUCCUUUAGGAGCUCCAUACAGUAGACUGCCGAUCUCCUGCCAGAGAAAGAACAUAGGAUCCGGGACAAGGAAGGCAAAAGGAAGGCAAAAGGAAGAGAGGAAGGCAGAGCGAAAUUAAGCGCAGCUUCUUUACAUUAUGUUGGGCAACAGAAAGAAAGCAGCCCCGGCUGUGAAGAACGGAGCUGGGACGUCCAAGUUAAAGGCCAUCGAUCCUCUGAGGAAUCUUGGAGUUCAGGAUGAUGACGAUGUGAAGCAGAUGUUACAGGGGUCCAGUAUGGUGAAGGUCCGCUCACCUCGCUGGCAGAAGCAACGAACUUUGAAGCUGCUGGAAGAUGGUGUCACUGUUUGGUGUCAGUCCCACAAAACCUCGAGCCGUGCCAAGAAGCAACAAUCCUUCUCCAUCUUGGAGGUGGAGUGCAUUCGGGAGGGUUGCCAGUCAGAAAUGUUGCGACAAUUGGUUGGCUCAGUACCUGAAGGCCAGUGUUUGACAGUGGUCUUCAAAGGGCCCCGGAAGAGCCUGGAUCUCCUCUGUCAGAGCCAAGAGGAGGCUCAACACUGGGCUCGCGGCAUUCGAACUCUGCAAGAGAGAGUGGAGAAUAUGACCCAGAAGGAAAAACUUGACCACUGGAUUCAUGCUUACUUGAGUCGGGCUGACCAGAAUCAUGAUGAUAAGAUGAGCUAUGAAGAAGUCCAGACCCUGCUGCAGAUGAUCAAUAUUGACCUGAGUGACCAAUAUGCCCGCAGCCUCUUCCAGAAAUGUGACCAGUCAGCUGAUGGUCGUCUGGACCACAGGGAGAUUGAAGUUUUCUGCAGGGAGUUGUUACGGAGACCGGAGAUAGAUGCUGUGUUUGUCCGCUACUCUGCAAAUGGCUGUGUACUUUCUACUGUGGACCUGAGGGAUUUCUUGAAGGACCAGGGGGAGGACGCUUCACUCAUCCAUGCCCAAAGUCUCAUACUCACAUAUGAACUUAAUGAGUGGGCCCAGAAGAACCAGUUCAUGACCCCUAAUGGCUUCACCAUGUACAUGCUGUCUAAGGAGAACUGUGUCUUUAACCCUGAACAUGCGAGGGUUUACCAAGACAUGAGACGCCCACUGGCUCACUACUUCAUCUCCUCUUCCCACAACACAUACCUCACUAAGGACCAGCUGACUGGGGACAGCAGCACAGAGCCAUACAUUCGAGCUCUCAGUCAUGGUUGCCGUUGCGUGGAGCUGGACUGCUGGGAUGGAGAUAAAGGAGAGCCAGUCAUUUACCAUGGACACACAUUCACCUCCAAAGUACCCUUCGUUGAAGUCAUUGAAACUAUCAACGAGUAUGCUUUUAAAGCUUCUCCUUACCCUCUGAUCCUGUCCCUGGAGAACCACUGCUCUGUGGAGCAGCAGACAAUAAUGGCUCAACAGCUGCAAUCCAUCCUGGGAGACAAGCUGCUCACUAAGCCCCUCAAUGGUCUCAAUUGUCACAACUUACCCUCUCCAGAGGACCUUAAAGGGAAAAUCCUUGUGAAGGGGAAGAAGGAGCAUGUGGUGGAGGAGUGCUUGUUAAGUGCUUCAGACUUCAGCUCCUCAGAUGAGGAUGUCAGUUGGACUGAAGGCAAACCCUGCCCAAGAAAAGAGGAGAGGAAGCCAGGUGUGUCUAAGCUUAGUCCAGAGCUAUCAGAGUUGGUCGUGUACACCCGCAGUGUUCCUUUUCAAAGCUUUGAACAAGCUGCCAAAAAACCAACAACUGAAAUGUCCUCUUUCUCUGAAAGUGAAGCUCUCAGACACAUUAAGGACUCAGGGAUGUAUUUUGUGCGUCACAAUAGUCACCAGCUCAGCCGGAUCUACCCCUCAGGACAGCGCCUCCAGUCCUCGAACUACAACCCUCAGGAGAUGUGGAAUGGAGGCUGUCAAAUUGUUGCUUUGAACUUCCAGACACCCGGUGAGCAGAUGGACCUAAACCAUGGCAGGUUCCUGCAGAAUGGUCAUUGUGGCUACAUCCUGAAACCUCCCUUCAUGUGCCAGCUUGACACCACCUUCAACCCAGAGAAUGUUGGUGGAGGUCCUGGCCACAGACCUGUACUGCUCACUGUUCGGGUUAUAUCAGCUCAGCAGCUCCCCAAACCAGAUUGGGACAAGCCCAGUUCCAUUGUGGACCCCCAGGUUUGGGUGGAGAUACAUGGUGUACCCAUCGACAACAAUAAGAAGAAAACCCAUCAUGUUGAUAACAAUGGCUUUAACCCAAGGUGGGACUGUACAUUUAAUUUUACCGUCCACAUCCCUGACCUGGCACUGGUUCGCUUCAUGGUGGAAGACUAUGACUAUACCUCAAGCAAUGACUUUCUAGGGCAAUACACCCUGCCUUUCACCAGUCUCCGCACAGGUUAUCGCCAUGUCCAACUGCGCAAGCUGGAUGGCUCCAGCCUUUCACCUUCCUCUCUCUUCAUCCACAUCACAGUCACCCCUUGCAAGAGCAGUCCUUACAAAUCAUCAGCAAAAUCACCAGCCAGGUCUUUAGCCAAGGAACCCUAAUCUACCCUCUUCCCCUAGCCACAUGAAGCAUGGAAGCCACGAUGGGAAGAUCCCUGAACAUAUCUGCCUUGACCAAGGAAAUAAAGGAUCUGGCCCCAAACUCAUAAAACUUAGUGGUUAUAAAUUUGUCUUGCAAAUGCUGAUGCUAAAGAUAAAAAUGCUGACCAUUAUUUCAAAUUUUUGAAGAAGAAAGCAAAUGCUUUUCUUACUGUUCGAUGCUUAUAAUUAACCAUGGUGGUUAGUUUUGUGAUUAAGUCCCUGAUCUUCCUAAGGGUGUCAAAAUAGCAAACAUGGAGAUAUAAUCAGCGAGGGAUAUAACAUCACUGAUGAACCAAAUGCCAAUUUUGGGUGUGAUUGGAAGGUUUAACUGAACGCCCAGCCUCAUUCCCUCUAACAACAUUGACUGACUGUUGAAUACUAACAGUUUCUUUAAUUUAUCAUUUAAUGGGGGUUUGAUUGUUAGAGCAGGACUGAAGAACUUAAUUAUAACCCAUUGAUCCAGCCUGCAGAGGUAUACCAUGACCAAGUUUGGUGCUAGAUUUUGUCUUUACAUUUUGAACAUAUAAGCUAACCUUGCAAUUAGUUAAGUCUCAUGGCUUCUAUAGGAAAUUUUUUUUUAAUUAUAUGUAUCAUAGUUUUGUGUCUAUUUUGUGUAGUCUGCUGGUAUGUGAUUUGACCAUUACUUUUAGAUUAGAUAGCCUACAUCCCAAGUGUAGACUUUAUACAUGGUGUGUGAAGUAGCCAUCCUCUAUGAAGUGUUCAGGGACAUGUUCAGAUUUUUAAAAUUAAUUUUAAAACAACCAGAGGUCAUUCAAAGAGCUAAUAGUCAUUGUCAUCUUCCAUUUUCCAUUUUCUGAAACCAACAAUCCAACUUUAUUUCAUGCAGCAACUGGGCAGGUGUGCCACAGUGAGAAAGUAGGUUGGAUUUUGACUUCUCUGUGACCUUCUUUUACACUCUUGAAUCAGCUAUGUUUCAUUACUAUUUGUAGCAACAACGGUCUGAAAGUGUAUGCUAUUAUCCCAGUUUUUACUAUCAUCACAUCUUGGCCCUCUGUAUGAUGGCAAGCUUGUCACUAGGCUCUAUUGAUGUACAUAUGGCGUGCACGUAUUACAUUGAGAUUGUCUACGAUAAAAUAUUCAAAUUUCAAGGUUCAAUUUUCAGCUUUUUCUGAA